AGAGAGAGAGCCUCUGGUUCCUCUCGCUGGAGGAGGGAGUGACUGAGGGGCUGGCGACGAAGGGACAGGAUGGCUUAGAAGCCUCUGCCAACAGGACCUGCACAGGGAGAGGCUCUAGGCAGGGUCUGAGGCCACGGUCAUGGCUGGGGCUGCAGCGUCCCCUCAAAGGCCCUGAGCGCCACCCACCCCUCCCCUGGCCCCGCCUCUGAGGGACACCCCAGAAGUUAGCGUCAGUGGCACUUGGAAGCUACCAUCGCAACAAAGCAUCCUGUACCCAGACAUUCGGCCGCCAAGUCCACAAGGUACAGACUCACAACCUAAGGCUAGAAAAACAAGGCCUCUUUUACCUGGCAAGGUGUCCCAGCUAUGGCUGGAGAUUCUCGGAAUGCGAUGAACCAGAAUAUGGAGAUUGGAGUCACUCCCAGGGACCCCAGGAAGAUCCCCAAACAGGCACGCGAUGACCUCCCCAUCGCCACGGACCGCACCCGCCUGCUGGCGGAAGGCAAGAAGCCCCGCCAGCGCUACAUGGAGAAGAGCGGCAAGUGCAACGUGCACCACGGCAACGUGCAGGAGACCUACCGCUACCUGAGCGACCUCUUCACCACGCUGGUGGACCUCAAGUGGCGCUUCAACCUGCUGGUCUUCACCAUGGUCUACACCGCCACCUGGCUGUCCUUCGGUUUCCUCUGGUGGCUCAUCGCUUACACCCGGGGUGACCUGGACCACAUUGGCGACAAAGAGUGGAUUCCUUGCGUGGAGAACCUCAGUGGCUUCGUGUCUGCCUUCCUGUUCUCCAUUGAGACUGAGACCACCAUCGGGUAUGGCUUCCGCGUGAUCACGGAGAAGUGUCCGGAGGGGAUCGUCCUCCUCAUGGUCCAGGCCAUCCUGGGCUCCAUUGUCAACGCCUUCAUGGUGGGGUGCAUGUUUGUCAAGAUCAGUCAGCCGAAGAAGAGGGCGGAGACCCUCAUGUUCUCCAACCACGCGGUCAUCUCCAUGCGGGACGAGAAGCUCUGCCUGAUGUUCCGCGUGGGGGACCUCAGGAACUCCCACAUCGUGGAGGCCUCCAUCCGCGCCAAGCUCAUCAAGUCCCGACAGACCAAGGAAGGGGAAUUCAUCCCCUUGAACCAGAUUGACAUUAACGUGGGCUUUGACACGGGGGACGACCGUCUUUUCCUGGUGUCACCCCUCAUCAUCUCCCAUGAGAUCAAUGAGAAGAGCCCUUUCUGGGAGAUGUCUCGGGCCCAGCUACAUCAAGAGGAGUUUGAAAUCGUGGUCAUUCUAGAAGGCAUGGUGGAGGCCACAGGCAUGACUUGCCAAGCUCGAAGCUCCUACAUGGACACAGAGGUGCUCUGGGGCCACCGGUUCACACCAGUCCUCACCUUGGAAAAAGGCUUCUAUGAGGUGGACUACAACACCUUCCACGAUACUUAUGAGACCAACACUCCCAGCUGCUGUGCCAAGGAGCUGGCAGAAAUGAAGCAGGAAGGCCAGCUCUUCCAGUACCCCCCCAGCAGCCCCCUGCUAGAAAGCGUCACUAAAGCAGAGUUGGAGGCAGAGGCUGAACAGGAUGGAGAAGACGAGCCCGAGGAGCUGAACGGGUUCCGGGAGACCAGGGGCUUGGUAGAGUCGGUGGCGGAUCAAGGAGAGAGAGGGCUGAGUUUCAGAGGACACGAUGCUCCAGGCAGUGUGGAGAGAGGGAGGGAAAACAGAGAGAAAGGCAAGCGACUCAAAUUUUAAAAUCAGCAUCAGCACCAGUUGUUGCUGAGGUAUCUGAGGUCAGGACUCGGCGCAUCUUCAUUAACCAGUGAAUUAGGGGGUGGGGCCGAAAGGAGAGGUGACCCAGAGGCAGCACCCCCUUCAAGCCCAGGCUGGACCAACUCUCAGCUGGUCCCAGGAGCCCCUGGGCUGGCCCUCCCACAGCCAGGAGUCUGGGAAGGAGGCGAGGCUGGGAGAGCAGGGACCAUGCCCAGGGAGGGGGUGGGAGGGACGGAGUCCCGUCCUGCAAACAUCGGGGAAGAGAAUCAUGGGAGAAUAAGAAGGGGGUGAACACGAAGAGAGAAAGAGCAGAGGACAGCCUUAAAACUGACAGCUUCAGAGGGCUUUGCUUUUCCAGUACAGAUGGCACCGAAGGAAGAUGGACAGAUGGACAGAGCAACAGUGCACAUUGUCCUGUCGAUGGAUGCAGCGUGUCUGGUGUAUGUGGAGGCAGACAGAUGUCUGAUUAGCUGACCUAUACCUGGAGAGAGAUUUCAAAUGUUCCCCAGUCACAGAAUUAUGGAGGCCUCACCUAGAAUUUUUUUAAUCCUUACCCAAGGAUGUGAUUAAUUUUAGAAAGAGGGGAUGAGAGGGAGAGAAACAUCAACUGGUUGUCUCUUGCAUACACCCCAACUGGGGACCAAACCUGCAACCCAGGCUUGUGCCCUGACCAGAAUCGAACCCACAACCUUCUGGUUUUCAGGACAACGUUGCAACCAGCUGAGCCACAGGGGCCAGGCCUCACCUACAAUUUUCACAGCUCUCAACUGGCCUGUGAACACAGAAGCGUUCUCCUGCCCGCAACACGAAGUGCCCUCCCGGCAGUAGGAGCAAAGCUGCAGAGAGGUGGAAAGUUAAGGCAGAGCAAAGAGACUUGCGUUUGGAUCUCAGGCCCUGGGCCCCUCAGCUGGAGCCUCCAGGACCUGAGGCAGGUGAGGAGGGAAGGUGGCAGCUGCCACCCUGAGGGCAGUGUGGUCCCCGUGCUUGGGCACACAGGCUGGAUCUUGAGAGGUGGGCACAGGGAAGCAGUGAGCAAGCGGAGGUCUUCCCCAGAGGCACAGUGCUGAGUCAGGGCUCGGGCACCCAUCCGGGGGGAAGCAGGUCAUGCCAGGGACUGGAACCCUGCCCUUGGCGGGAAAAGGAAGCUGGCAGCCCGCAGCCUCGCACUGGGAAUGGCCGCAGUUAGGAGUCUAUGGUGGGGAGCCCACCACUAGGUCAGAGGCCUCGGGGCGAGAGGAGCUGCAGCAGGAGCUCCGGUGCCAGCGCUGACCCAGGCCCACCAGACCCAGGGCUUGGCCAGCAGGACUAGUUCCUUGCCCUCAGCCAGACCCGCAGCCUGCCUCAGUCACGCCCCGCAGUGCCUGCAGGCUCCAGCCCUCCGUGAGGCUGCUAAGCAAGGACAGGAAACCACAGGUGCAAGUAGCCUGGCAGCUGCACUGGGGCCUGUUUCUCACCUGUCUCCUCCGUUUAUGAUUCGGAGCAUCUGCAGCUGGCCGAGCGAGAUGCUUCCCAGUUCUCUGUCUCUGCAGCGGCCUCGGCAAAUGCAAAUCACACAUCUCUGCCGACCACCGAAGCCAGAAAGGUCACGGAAGAGGAAGAGAGCAACGCAGCCCAACUCUAAAGCUGUGCACAGACCAGAGGCCACGUGUACGGGGAUUAGUCACGUACUAAUCCAAGUGUGCACAUUAGCUGCUUUCUCUCGUGGAAACACAGAAGCAAGACUGCCAUUCAUAAACCUAGAAAAUCCUCCUUCAUGGCUGGUUGAUCCAAUGAAAACUUGGAAAGUUCUUCAGACCAUUUUGCGGAAGUUCUUGCAAACACAUGGACUUACCAAGUGCAAAGUCCGAUCGAUGGCGGCCAGAGCUUCAGCGAGUCACUUUUAAAACGUUGUGCCGGCACCCCAGUCCUCGAGGGGCAGCACCCUGGGUUGCGUGGCUCAGAACCCACUGUGACUUCCGACAGGCCAGGGAGAGCUGGGUCAGGCUGUGAGGCAGGGCCGCUGGGAGUUCCCAGUGGCCCCUACACCUCCCAGAUCCCAAGUGUCAUCCCUGGGCUCAGACCCCGCAGCACUGAGAGCUGAGCCCUGCCUUAGCAUCUACAUCCUUCCUCUCUGAGCAUAAACACGCCCUGUAAGGGAAAGGCCCUAAGGCCCAGGGGAAGGUAAGUAGCCCCUAGCUCUCCUCCCCCAUUCAAUCUGGCAGCUGACGGGUGUUGACACCUUUACCCAGGGGACCCUGUCCCCAGGCCAGGUAGAAAGGGCAUUUCCCGUGAUUCAGACGCCACCCUGGCUGUCUGAUCAGAGCCCACUUCUUGUCAUUUCAUUCUUUUGCUUUGAUAUCACGGCUACAGCCAUUGACCUUGACAGAGGAGAAAGAGCCCUUGUGUGUCCGGGGAGAGCCCUGCCUCCCAGGAUCUGUAACCCUUGGACACCUUCUUUCGCAUUCCUGUCCUGCAGCUGCCUUCCAGCAGGUCUGUGUCUGUGAGUCGGGAACCAUGGCAACUUGAAUGUUUCAUAUUGACAUUGCCCAAAACAAAACAGUCAGCCCGUUGUCUGUUAAGAACAUGCUCCAAAUACACCUCCGCACACACCAUUUACGCAGCACUACCGCGUGCCCAGCUGUGGGCAGGCACCUCACACCCGGUGGCUGUGUCUAAUUCCCAAAGCACUGCAGAGAAGCCCUUAGAGCCCCUUGUUACUGAGGAGACAACAGAGGUUCAGGGUGGUUAAUUGGUUUGCUCAAGGCCACACAGAUAAUGACAGGUGCCGAGUGCCUCCCAAACACACACAGAUGGGCCAUCGUCCUUAACUUGCACGUCCGAGGCACGUCUCUGGAGCUCAGGCAGCAGGAAUAAGGACGCCCCACCCCUUCAGACCGUGGGGUUGCGUGCGUGUAGUGCUAUAGAGCAUCGGCUCCCAUCCACCAGCAGGUUCCCCUGUGGCAGGACAACUGGGAACACGUUCUCUGAUUCCUAGAGAAUGAAUGGGCUGUGAUGAGAGCUUGGAUGGGAACUUACACCGAUUCAGGAAGAAGCCAGUUCUGCUCAGCUUGGUUUUUACCAACGACACCUCCUUAAACUGCUAUGUCCAACCUUUCUCCCUGUUUAGGAUUUGUCAAUCUUCUCAUUAAAAGGACGCCACUGCAUUGCGAAAAAUUCAUCCCGUAAAGUGGGUUUGAUCUUACCAGACUCUACAGAUGACCACGGGCUUCCCAGGGAAGUUCAUUGCCAAUUGAAGCAAACUCGGCCUUCUUAUUUGCAUCAGCCUAAAACUCAGCAGCAACGUCUAGACCCGUGUUGGGGUGACCAUGUGGGCAAAGGUGGGAGGAGGAAACCGAAUGAAGAGGCCGGGCCAGGAGUCGGGGUUCAGUGGGCAAAGUGCAGGCCAGGGCACCAGAAACACAGAGAACAUGAGCAAUGCAGAUUCUUAGGUUAGUUCAUUCAUCCCGUCCCCCAAACAUUCUUUCACACGUUCUUUCAUGUUAAAUGUUCAGAUCUACAUUAUUUAGUAAGUAAUUAAGUAUCUAAAAAUUCUCACUUUGGGGAGCCCGUGGACCAGCAGGCCACGUUCGUGACAUUACCUAGUGAAAGGGUCGGCAUGACCACGCGAUGCGGAGGGUGCGGAGGAAGCUGUGACGUUCGGUGUUGGCAAAGGACAGGAUGUCGCAAGUUAAGGCCAAAAGUCUCUGUUGAAAAUGUCAUUAAUACUAGAGGAUUUCAGAUUAGCUUCUCUUCUGCCCUAGUCGACCCAAUGGGAAUGGAACAGUUCUGAUUUAUGAGAGAGGUUAGCUGAAGAUCUCUCACUUAAAUCACUCCAAAAGGGGGAACUGGCUCGCCAGGGCUUGGGCUCAGCUUCGGAGGCAGCGUUUUAAGUUGUGAAGAGCAGACGGCACUGCUGUGCGUGGGAGGCCCCCCGUGUCCGGCCAAGGGCGCCCAGGCCUGUCUGUCUCAGUCAGUGCGGGCUGCCACACCAACCUCCCACGGACUGGGCAGCUUAAACAGUGAACAUUUGUUUCUCACAGUUCUGGAGGCUGGGAAGUCCAAGAUCAAGGUACCAGCAGCCGAUCCAGUGCCUGGGGAGGGCCUGCUUCCCGGUUCACAGGUGACCGUCUUCUCACAGUGUCCUCGUGAUGGAAGGAAUGAGGACUUUAGGGACUCUUCUUAUUUGUAUUGUUUUACUUACUGAUUAGAGAGAGAGGAGAAGGAAGUGAAAGAAAGAGAAAGACAAACUUCAA